GUGUUCUCAUAUAWAUUCCGGCUCCAUCUUCAACAAGGUUAGUCGACUCACAGAAAAAGGUGAAGAACUAAUCGCUAGCUAUGCGAGAUGCUUCGCUCGAUGAAGCUAAAGUCUCUGAACCCUCACAUCACUUGUGUACUGUGUGGAGGAUAUCUCGUGGAUGCUACUACCAUCAUUGAGUGUUUACACUCCUUCUGCAGGAGCUGCAUCAUACGAUGGCUUCAGAAGAGUUAUCACUGUCCCGUAUGUGAAACAGAAAUUCACAAGACAAGACCUUUUCUUAACAUUAGGCCUGACCGUGUUCUGCAGGACAUUGUCUACAAACUCGUACCUGGAUUUUAUCACGACGAAUUGCAACGUCGUAAAGAUUUCGAAGAAAAACUUAAUGAAGCCUCCAAAGCGGGACUCAAGGAUGAAGCUGACGAAAUCGAAAUCGACGAGAAUGAGCGUCAAGACAACGAGAAGAAAGACCUGGAUUUGAUAGAAGAUCCUGUUUGUGUUACACUAGAAUAUUAUGGGCGCAAGAGAUUCUGGAAGGAGAAAACGAUAUUCCCAACACGCUAUCUGCGCUGUUCAUCAAAGCUGCCCGUCGAUUUACUCAAGAAAUUCGUUACCACGAAAUUCGGCAUCCCACAAGACACACAUUCUGUUGAGAUCGUACGCUGUGAUGAGAUCCUGAGUGAUUACCUGACGAUGAAAGAACUCUGGAGAAUAUAUGGAUUACAUACCAAGACCUUCAUCGAUCUACAGUACAUCAUUAUCGAUAAAAAGAUUGACACUCAAAUAGAAGAACUGCCGAAACGAAUCCCUGUGAUAAAGAUCAAAAAAAGACGAAGGAGAAAACAGAAAUCUAUCUCAAGCAACGAUGGCACGAGUAUUGCACCAGUAAAACGAAAACGUCAAAGACGAAUAGGAAGAAUAUGUAAGAAGAUUGGUUUGUCAGAAACCACGGAUACUUCGCUUACCACUUUGAAAUCAAUAGACGAACAAAAUAUGGGCAAUCAAAUGGGUGUUGCGCUUUUGUCUAACGAAGAAAAUAAUACCGUUCAACCUGCAAGCAAUAUCUCUCAGCCUGAUCCAGCAAAACAGAAUGACAAUAUUAAGAUGGACACUUUUGUGUGUCCUGUCACCCCAGAAAGUGACACUGAUCACACCGUGCCAACUGGUACCGGUUUAGAUCUAUCUACAAGCUAGUAGAUAGCCUUGUAUUAAUGUACAUUAUCAAAAUUUUUAUACUCUAUAUAUAUYCUUAUGAAUAUAACACCGUACGCUGCACUUCCUAUGAAGUAGCAUAUACACUGAAUCGAAAUAUGGUGGCCAAUUUGAAUAACUACUGUUCUGCGUUAACUAGCGACAGACUAGCCUCUCAUACAUGUGAUAAACCUUUAAUGUUUAAUUCCUCGUGAAUACGAGGUCAGUUGCGAGUCAAUACAGAAGAGAGGGCACAGGGAGCCCGGCUUUGGGAUUUGUACAUGAAUAAAUGAAUCAAUAAAGUGC